CCGUGAACGGGGGCAGCAGCCUUCACCUCCGGAGCGACGUCCGCUGCGUCGGUUCUUGGGUUCGGCUGGAGCCAUGACGGCCGAACUGCAGCAGCACCACCACCAGCAGCAGCCCCAGGAGCCCGGCUCGGCCUCUCCUUCCGCCUCCGAGGGCCCAGCAGCGAACUUCAAUGUGAUCAUUAACCAACUAAGAGAGAUCACAGGCAUUCAAGACCCAUUGUUCCUCCAUGAGGCCCUGAAGGCUGCCAAUGGAAACCUUGUGCAGGCAGUUGGCUUCCUCACUGAGACUCAUGCCAAAGAGUCCAGCCAAGAAGGCACUCCCACAGAAUCAUCUGAUCAUGAAGAAAGUGCUCUUAGCCUGGAGCAGGCAAUAGGCUCAGCUGAUGUAACACAAGACGAUGAAGCUACUCUCCAGGAAGGCAUUCCUUGUGAUGUCCAGGAUUUUCAAAGUGUUCAGCUCAUGGUGCAGGAUCCAAACACAGCAGUGAAUGCAUCCUGUGUGCCCAGUGCGGCUGAAAGCACCAAUCGCUCCAAAAGGAAACGUUGUGAAGCUUGGGGAGAGCACAUCGCCCUGAAUGACUGGCGAAGAGCUGAGGAUUGGCCAGUAGGGUUGAAAAACAUUGGAAACACUUGCUGGUUUAGUGCAGUCAUACAGCUGCCAGAAUUCCGACGGUUGGUACUCAGCUACACCCUUCCAGACUCUGUGACUGACAAGUGUUGCAGCCGAAGCAAAAAGAGGAAUGUCGCAUUCAUGCUGGAACUCCAGUGUCUCUUUGCCUUAAUGCUGGGAACGUGCCGUAAAUUUGUAGAUCCUACUACAGCACUUGAACUUCUCAGAGGUGCUUUCAGAUCUCCAGAGGAGCAGCAGCAAGAUGUGAGUGAGUUUACACACAAGCUUCUGGAUUGGCUGGAGGAUGCUUUCCAGCUGGCUGUGAAUGUUAACUCCCAGGAUAAAUCUGACAACCCAAUGGUUCAGCUCUUUUAUGGGACUUUCCUAACUGAAGGUAUUCAUGAAGGCAAAACCUUUUCCAAAAUAGAGACCUUUGGCCAAUAUCCCCUGCAGGUAAAUGGCUAUAAGAACUUGAACGAAUGUUUGGAAGGAGCAAUGGUGGAGAAGGAGACGGAGGCAUCAUCACCCAACCAGCCGGUGCAGUAUAGGCAAGAGCGUUGGUUUACCAAACUUCCUCCAGUGCUGACUUUUGAACUUUCUCGGUUUGAGUUCAAUCAGUCACUUGGACAGCCGGAGAAGAUACACAACAAACUGGAAUUUCCACAGAUCAUUUAUAUGGACAGGUUCCUGUACAGCAACAAAGGGCUGAUUCAAGCUAAAAGAGAGGAGAUCAAGAAACUAAAAGACCAGAUAUCAGUUCUACAGCAGAAACUGGAACAAUACAUGACAUACGGUUCUGGUGCUGGACGCUUCCCCUUGCUAGACAUGCUACAAUAUGUUCUCGAAUUUGCAAAUGCCCGGCCAUUAGCAACUGGCCCUGAAACCUCAACACCAACAGAGCCCCAGGCUGAGUGCCAAAUUUCAGAGCCUCCGUUAGCCCAAAGCAGGGUGAUAGCAACACCAAGGGAGGAAGCUAAAGAUACAGCUGCUGCUCAAGCCACAGCGCAGCCAGAGGAAGCCAAUGGCCCCUUACGGUCAUCCAGAUUUCCUGUGGAGAUGCCAGAAUACCCAGCUCCUCGUGUCAUUACGGAAAAUGAACUUCACCUUGUUAUGACUUGCCUGCAGCGGUGGAGAAGAGAGGUUGAACAAGACAUAAACGAUCUGAAGAACUUGAUUGCACUGCUUACUGCGUCCAUUGACCAGAUGUACUGUGAUCCUCGGCUCCACCAGGUCCCUUAUCACUUGCAUGCUGUCUUAGUCCAUGAAGGCCAGGCCAAUGCAGGCCAUUACUGGGCCUACAUCUACAACCAGCCCCAAAAGAGGUGGCUGAAAUACAACGACAUCUCUGUGACAGAGUCAUCCUGGGAAGAACUGGAGAGGGACUCCUUUGGAGGCCUGAAGAACGCCAGUGCCUACUGCCUGAUGUACAUAAAUAAAAAGCUGCCACAUUUUACUACUGAUUGUGACGGUGGGCAGGCCCAGAGGGAAGUGGAAGCUUUGUCUCUGGGACUGCAGCAGUACAUACAGGCAGACAACUGGCGGCUUGAACAGGAGGUGGCAGAGUGGGAGGAGCAGGCCUCCAAGGUGGCCCAGGUAGCUCAAUCCGCUUCAUCGGCAGAGUCUCAGGAUGUGUCUUCUGACUCAGGACAAGAAGAGUGCUGUCCCUCUGAAAACGAGGUGCGUUCCCUCUCCUCUGAACAUGCCAUCAUUGCCAAGGACCAGACAGCUCUGGCCAUUGCCAAGGUGGCUGAUGCCUACGAGAAGGAUGGCGCACAAGCAGCUUUCAACCAGUCCAGGGAGGCAGAGCCAGCCAAGGCCCUCCCGGAGGAAGCAAACCUCAACCCUCAGGCAGAAGAAAAGCAGGAGGUUCAGGGGACAGAGCCUGCUGCCCUGCCUGGCUCACAGAUCUCUGAAGUGGAGAUCCCCAGUGUGGGCAAGAUUCUAGUUAGAUCGGAUGCAGACGGAUAUAACGAAGAGGUGAUGCUUAGUCCUGCUAUGCAAGGUGUGAUCCUGGCUAUUGCUAAAGCCCGUCAGACCUUUGAUCGGGAUGGGUCUGAAGCAGGGCUAGUUAAGGCAUUCCAUGAAGAAUACUCCCGGCUGUACUCGCUCUCCACAGAGACUCCAACACCCCAAAAUGACCCUCGGCUUCAGCACGUCCUGGUGUACCUGUUGCAGAACAAGGCCCCCAAGCAGGUGGUGGAGAGGACCCUUCUAGAGCAGUUUGCCGAUAAGAACCUCAGCUAUGAUGAAAGGUCAAUUAGCAUUAUGCAGGUGGCAAGAGCUAAGUUGAAAGAGAUUGGCCCCGAGGAGAUGAACAUGGAAGAGUACAAGAAAUGGCAUGAAGACUACAGUUUGUUUCGAAAGGUGUCUCUUUACCUCUUGACAGGUUUGGAGUUCUACCAGAAUGAACAGUACUGUGAAGCUCUGAACUACCUGAUUCAUGCCUAUGAGAAUAAUCUGACCCUGCAGAGGAAGGGACCCAACAGAGGCGCUGACGGGUCUCUCAUUGCUCUCUACAGAAGGAAAUGUCUCUUGAAGUUGAAUGAGAAUGCCACGGCUCUGCUUGACAGCAGUGAAGAACAGGAUGUGGAUGAAGGCCUGAGCCUCUUGAGUGAUAUGAUCAUACCUUGCAUGCAUCUCGUAACAAAGGACAACCUCUCCCAGGACGACCUGGAAGCCAUAGAGGUCAUGAGAGGCGGUUUGUGUGAUUACAUGACAAGGGACCUGAAUGAGGACCUGCACCUGAAGUUGAAUGAACUACUUGCCCGCCUUUUUGACUGUUCUGCAGAAGGCCCGCUUCUAAAAGAGCCCCCCAAGAUCCGCCCCAACUCACCGUAUGACCUUUGCAGCCGUUUUGCAGCUGUCAUGGAGUCCAUCCACGGGGCCUCAACUGUGACUGUCAAAUAAAAUGUGCAACACUCCUGGAUCGAGCAUGGGAGACCACAGGACCAUCAGAGUGUGGAAUCUGGCUGCCAGCCACCCCUUGGAAUCGAUCACUGAGAAAAGAAUCACUACUGGAAGGACCCGCAUCUUGACCUAACCAAUACUGUAUGUGCCUAGGAAGGGGGCGGAAAGAGGUGUGUCUCCCUUGGGCGUGUGCUUCGGAUGGGCAAGCACUUGACUGGAAGACAUGCCCGGGGGCUUCACAGAAUACUCUACCUUGGCCUGCAAUGGAAUGUGCCUUGACUUCUUAAAGUAAUACAGUUUGGAGAUUCUUUAUAAGAAAUGUGCUAUUCUAAGCAAAGUAUUGCUAGCUUUUUAAGUGUGCUGGCCCAUUGAUGUGUAGUUAACAUGGCAGCACAUCUUAUUUUCUAUGUUGAGAACUGCUGUGCUAACUGCGUGUGCAUGAGCCAGCACCCAAGAGAACGUUUAAGCACAGGGGGGCCUAUUGGGAAUACUUGAUGAACAUGUUGACCCACCUUCUGGUCAGCUUGGUCUUGUUGACAUGAGAAGAAGAUAAGUUCAUGGAAUAAGCCAGACUGAGUCAUGGGUCAGUAAGGAAUUUAAGGGCCAGUACAGACUGGUACUACAAGCCACCUUUUGGGCGGUGUGGGGGCAUGGCGUACGCAUAACGCAUGUCCCAUUGCCACCCAGAAGCCACCCACCUGCCCACACAUGGGCUAGCUUCAUAGUGCUCCGGUGGCAUGGUGUUUAGAUGCACCACAAAGCCAUGGAAGCAUGAGAAAAGCCAGCUUUCUGCCUGCUCAAAAAAGAGCGGCAUUUUGCCACCUCUUUUUGAGUUGGGGCCGCAGUGUAUGGUUGCUGCAGGCCCGAUCUGGUGUUCACAGGGGUAGCAUGAAGCUGCCCUUUCAAAGCCAUC